AUGCCAUUGUGGAGCAACUAUAUCAAGUCGAAUCCUGGGAUGACGAUUAAGCUGAAGAGACUGCACCACAGUAAUAAUCUUGCAAAUGAGCUGGAGUUUGUCGCAUUCUGUUUGAUUUUCUGGCUGGGGGAUGAUCUGCAGGAGAUGUCAUAUGUUGAUCAUCAUUUGUUGGUGUCGCAUAGGAGUGGUGAUGUGCAGGAGAUGAAACAGGAGAGAGAUCAUUAUCUGGUGAUUGGAAUAGAUCAUGCUCUAUCAAUUAUAAAGGAGGUCGGCUUGUUUCCGGAUGUUCUAAAACACAGAGUUAAGCAGCAUUUUGAUAAAGGGGACCAGGUUUCAACUCUGAUAACGAGGGAAAUCUAUACAAAAAAGGAGCAUUUUCCAAGAUUUGGUUGUCCAUUUGUCUUCAAUGCUGAAGUGCUGGAAGCUGCUAACUUGGCUCAAUGGGAGGACGAACAAAUCGAGUACAUUAAAGAGAAGGUGACCGAUGAGGGAAGGCAAGCAGAUCUAAAGAAAGGGAAAGAACCUACUCAGGUUGCAUUGGAUGAAGCAGCCUUUUUGUUGGACCUAGCUUCUCUGGAAGGGAAGUGGGACGACUGUCUAGUGAGGAUUGCUGAGUGUUACAAGGAGGCUGGGCUAGAUGAUAUUGCUAAGUUUUUAGUUUACCGAGACUAA